GAAACGCUUGGUCGCCCGGCAACCGCACCUGGACGGCUGAGGAAGCGGAGACGGGCGAAAUUGAUCAAACCUGAUUUACAGACCCGGCUAAUCCCAGAAGCGAAAGUUGGGCAUAAAACAAUACUUAAGUCUCUUGACAUGGUAUCAGAACACAGCUAUUGCUGAGAUUUUGAUUGAAAGAGAAAUCAUGGUUCGACUGACCUUGCCCCUAAUUGCCAAAAACAGCAUUCUAAAACUACGAAAAGAAGAAACCAUUUUACAAUACCUGAAGAAAAUAACUCACAUAAACUUUUCGAACAAAAAUAUAGAUGCAAUUGAAGACAUCUCUCUUUGCAAAAAUCUUAGUGUUUUAUAUUUGUAUGAUAACCACAUUAGUGAAAUCACUAACUUGAACUAUGCCUCAAAUCUGACCCACCUAUACUUACAAAACAAUUGUAUUUCAUGUAUAGAGAACCUCAGAUCAUUAAAGAAACUGGAAAAAUUGUAUCUGGGAGGAAAUUACAUUGCUGUCAUAGAAGGUUUAGAAGGAUUAGAAAAACUAAGAGAGCUUCAUGUUGAGAGUCAGAGGCUUCCCCUUGGAGAAAAGCUUCUGUUUGAUCCAAGAACUCUUCAUUCUCUGGCAAAAUCCCUCUCUAUAUUGAAUAUCAGCAAUAAUAAUAUUGAUGACAUAAGAGACUUAGAAACACUGGAGAAUCUUAAUCAGCUCACAGCAGUUGACAACCAACUUCAGCAUGUCAAGGAUUUGGAGUUUUUACUGGGAAAGUUGUUGAAGCUGUGGAAAAUGGAUCUCAAUGGAAAUCCUGUUUGUCUCAAACCAAAAUAUAGAGACAGACUUAUACUGAUGUCCAAAUCACUAGAAUUUCUGGAUGGAAAAGAAAUAAAAAAUAUGGAAAGACAAUUCCUUAUGAACUGGAAAGCAUCCAAAGUUGCCAAAAAAAUCAACAAGAAAAGAAACAUUAAAAAUGAAGAUGGAAGUAGCUCAUACAUAAGUAAGCAAGUUCAUUAGUUGACCUCUUCUACUCAACAAAGAUAACAAGAAAUAAGGGCUUUUGUUUAGAUUAUUUUGUUUGACUUUUUUUUACUUAUUUAUACAUAAAAUAUAAUUGUAAUUCCUAGGAAAUUUUACCUGUAUUAUUUAUGUAUGAAAACGGCAAACACUGUCAACAAAAGCUGUGUUUGGUUUACACUGAGUAUGACCACAUCAGUUAUGUAAACAUAGGGUAAUGAAGGUGGGGGGUAAAUGCACCAUUUUAUAUCUGAUAAAAGUGCAUAAUAUUAAUUAUGUAAAUGGUAAAAUAACUAUCAGCUAUGUAAAAAUGGAGAAACUUAAACUACUAGUAUAUUAAUUUAGUAACAGUAUAAAAAUCACAUUUUUCAUCAGGAUA